CUUGUGCAAAUAGACGCCCUUGUCCUAAUAGUCGCCCGGGGUCUGAGCCCAUUUUGUGAAUUAACAGCCUCUUCCUAAUAAACGCCUAUGUCCAAAUAGCCGCCCAUGGGCUGUUAUUUGCAUAAUUUAGAUUAAAAUCAUAUUGAUUUAAUUUUCAUUAAACCCAAUUUAUAAGCUAAAAGGAAAAGCAAAGGUGCAAUAAUUCUGGUCAUUACGGUAACAGCAGACGUCACGUGGGGAUUCUGGGUAAUCAACAUAUUGCAAUGGGUCACCGCAUAUAGCGUAACACACAACAAACCCACGAGGAAAAGUUUCAACAUGGCAAGCAACAGUAGCAGUGAGUUGAAUGAACAGGAUACCGCUACACCACAACUGAUGGACGGGAAUACUUUAAGGGGGAAGAAGAGAACGUUUGACUUGACUUAAAGUUCAAGCUAGCGAUUGUGAAGUAUGCGGAGCAGAAUUCUGGUUUGGCAGCGGCCAGGCAGUUUAACGUUGACCCAAAACGUGUACGAGAAUGGAAACAAAAAAAGGGAGAACUACUAUCUCAGUCGGCAAUCGAUGGAAAACGACCCCCCGGAUGGAGGUGUGUGGGCUGACGGUGGCAGCUGAUGGGAGUGAGGACCAGCUCAUUUACUGCUUCAAGGAGGGACAGCCAUGUCAGGCAGGCAGAGAGAUGCUGUUGAGGGCUAGACAGCAGGCUGCUGCUGUGCUUCAGGAAGAGGAGGAGAGUGAUGAGGAACAGCAGUUCCUCAAUGAACUUGUGAUUGAAAAGGAGGAUGAUGAUGAGGGGGGUGAGGGAGAGAAGGAGGAUGAUGAGUGGGGUUGAGUUGCAUUUGGGGUUGCGUUUGCUGCAGUAUUAUUGUUUUGAUGGUUUUAUAGAGUACUUGGUACCAUAAUUGUAUUUUUCUUGUAUGCUUCUUUAUUUAAAACUUGGAGUACUGUAGCCUUUAUUUUAUUUAAGUGACAGUAUUAUUGUUCUGUUUUGAUGGUGUGUUUUUUAAUACUUGAGUACUUGGUACCAUAAUUUUAUUUUUCCCAGUAGGCUGCUUUAUUUAAAAAGUGUAUUUAUUUUUAGUAUUGGUAGUCUAUUUGACAAUUGUUGCAGUACUGCCAUGUUGAGGCCUUGUUGAUCUCUUGUCUUUUGAUAGUCUUGUUUUUUUGUUUGUAUGUUUACAAUAGCUUUUACAUUUAAAAUUGUUUGUACGAAAAAAAAAAUACUGGACAGUAACCAUUGUAACCAAAUAAUGGCCUGGUGCAGGCUGGUGCAAAAAUAAAUAAAAGCCUUGUGCAAAUAACCGCCCAUGUCCUAAUAGCCGCCCGGGGUCUGACCCCAUUUUGUAAAAUAAACGCCCGGGCUACUAUUUGGUAAUAUACGGUAUAUCAAUACAGUCUGCAAGGGAUACAGUCCGUAAGCACACAUGAUUGUGCGUGCUGCUGCUCCACUAAUAGUACUAA